AUGGACAUAGACGAGCUCAUGGAGGCCUCACCUUCAGAAGUAAAGGAUGCGGAUGAAGCAAAAACUAUACUGGAAAAGAAUUUGAUGGUUAUCCUGGGUGAAGAAAUCACUAUCGACACUCUACGCACCUCGCUAUGGCAUAUCUCUCAGGGUGCCAAAAUGCCGGCUACAGCGAAAACAUUGGUUCAGGCAGUUGCCUUGCUAUUGGGAGAGAUUGACGAGGACCUAAAAGUGGAGAGCAUUGCAGGGAGAGUUACGGAAAUGGUCCUGGACAAGCUGAGUCCGGACAUUAAUCAACUCGCUUAUAUGAGUGAAUCUUUGAAGGCCUCCAGCUCCUCGGUGGAAAUCUCGAUCGCCUCCCUAUGCGACUUCCCCUCCCAUUCACAGGCGGAAUCAGACUCCCUUCAGAAGCUAAAGGACAACAUAGAAAGUUCACGCCAGAGCCAAGCAGAGGAUAGCAAGAUGCUCCUUACGGGAAUGCGGGAAGUAUCCGAGAAACUGAAAGAGGUCGCUAAACGAGUUGAUUCCAUCCCCAUCCCCUCCACCCCGUUGACCUCCUCCGUCCCACAUCCCGACCCCUCCUGGUCGUAUCGCAACGCGCUCCUUAAUACCUCCGCCAGCGGUCAUGGGCAGAACCUUGUCGAUCCCAAAGUAGCCCGACAGUCUAUUCUGAAGGCCAGGCAAAUUCUUGUCGAUCUGAGCUACCCUGGAAGCGAGACGGUCCCGGCGCGCAGUCUCGAAUCCAUCCGCGACACGGCAAUCCACUUCUGCAAGACGGCCGAACCCCGCCCCUCUUGCGACAUAGUUAUCGAGGACAUUUUUAGAAUCCAAAACGGUGGAAUCAUCUUCCAAUUCAACUCGAAGGAAGCCGCAGACUGGAUUCGCUCCCCCCCGGUGAGCUCGCCCUUUGCAAAUGCCUUCGGCAACGGAGCAGCAGUCAAACUCCGUCUCUUCCCUCUCCUCCUCCGUUUCGUCCCCUUCACUUUCCGCCCAGAUGUCCCCGCUGAUCUCAGGGAGCUUGAAGAAAGGUAUAAGCUCCCCACACUGUCUCUUCCCUCCGCUCGCUGGGUCAAGCCCAAAGAAAAGAGGCAUCCUACCCAAAUGGUAGGUCACUGCAUUCUCAAUGUCUCUUCGAUGGAUAUCGCAAACCGAUUGAUCAUGGAUGGUAUCACCAUCCAUGGGCGACGGGUUCUACCCGAACGGCUCAAGGCCGAACCAAUUCGGUGCAGUAACUGUCAGGGCUAUGGCCACAUCGCUCGCAACUGUAACCAUCAGAGCGCAUGCGGCACCUGUGGUCAGACCAGUCAUAAGACUGUUGACUGCAACGCAUAUCGGACCCUCCAUUGCGUGUCCUGUAGGGUGAACACGCAUGCCAGCUGGGACCGGAAUUGUCCGGAAUUCCUUAAAAGGUGUCAGCUGCUCGACGAACGCCGACCUGAUAACCAGUACAAGUACUUCCCUACAGAAGACCCUCGUACUCAUUUCCGGUUACCAGCUAAAGUCCCUAUGGACCGCCGGUACCCUGACGAAUUUGCUGUCCAUAGUACUCGCGAGAAAACGGCUUCGGCUGCUCCUCGCACGCAGUCCACUAUUCCGGGCUACUUCGCACCGACGCAGACGCAGUCUCAGAGUGCAACUCAUCAGCGGUCUCAGAACCGCCACCCAGAUGACCUCGAGCGUGAUCAGCGCCCCUACAGGGAGCUGUCCCAUGGGCUGCCCUUAAACGUGCCAUCUCAGCACUUGCAGGUGCCCUCAAGGGGCCAGUCGCCGCAAACGUCGGCAUCUCCUUCUCUGUCCUACAUGACCCUACGUCCUGAGAGCGACCUAGGUCCACCUGGUUUACAGAGGCAAUUGCCUCCCACGCGCUGGGACGAUCAAUGA